AUGGCACCCAUAUUGGAGAAUUUUUAUAGAAGUACGGGUACCUUAGAUGUUGAAGAUAACAAUUUCCCAUGUGAUUGCCGACUCGAUUGGUUUAUGUCACUCAUGAAUAGAACAGAAAGUGCUAGUUUAAAACUGACCUUAGAAAACUUCAAAUGUUUCCCCGAAGCCGGGCUUCAUGACAAGUGGAUGAAGAGAGUAGAGUCUGAUAAAAUCAACAAUCCAGUAAAUGCGGAAAAUGAAGAAACCGCUGCACAGGGUGCAGAUUACGAGUAUUAUGACGACACAGAGCUUAACGGAAAACUAUUUUACACGGACGUCAGGGAUUUACUAAACUGCACUAAGAUGGACACUAAGCCUGUGGUCUUGACAACGACCGUAAAACCUCAGGAGCAAGGAGAUGACGUCACAAAAGGAUUAAAUACCAAAGUAACUGCUAAUCCUAUAUUUUCUUCCACAUUAUUUACCAGGGGACAUGAGAAGGAUGUUUUGGACACGGUUACAUUAAAGACAACAAGAGCUCCCGAAGCUAUUAAGAGCAAUGUAAAUGAAGUAGCCAACCAAAUGAACAAGGAAACCAAACCAAAUAUAUACACGACUAGUCGAUUAGCUACCGUAUCAGCUAAACCGUUGGAACGAAAGCAUUACGAAGACGGCAUGGCUUCGGACGAGGCGAAACCAGACAGAAUAAAAGCCCAUCGGAGUAUUCAAGAUAUCAACGAUGACCUCAAUGAUUCAUUUAACAAUGCCACUUGUUUUCUUCCUUAUUACGAUAAGUGUAGGAAA